AUGGCAAGACAUUCAGAUCAUAAUCUUGGUAGAGGAUAUUUGAUGGCCUUUUUGGGUUUCCCAAUGUUGGCUUUUGGUGUUGGUAGUUUAGUAUCUAUUGCUAAAAACCAUUACUUACCAAACUCCUUUAAUUUGGGAUUGGCUCAAGCUUCACUCUUGGUUGCAGGUUUGGUUGUUGGAGGAAAAUAUUUAACCACCAAGAUUGGCAUUGACAGACUUUUCCCGGUUGUUUUGGGAUUAAUCCCAGUUGCUUGUGGUUAUGCCACCGGUGCAGUCGUAGGAACUGAAUACGCCAAGAUUCUUUCAGCUGGUACUGUAGUAUCUGGUGGUGCUAUCAUGGCCUAUGACCUUUUAAAAUAA